AGUACACGGAGAAAAAAAAAUACCCAAAAAAUAAGUAUAAAAAACUCAAAAUUAAGUAUAUUGAUUAUAGUGCCAUUUUGGGUAAAAAUAAAAAUGUCAAUUAUGUCAAUUUUGCUUAAUUUUUGAGUAUAUCGACCUUUACCCAAAAUUAGGUUAAAAUGGACUUUGGUCAUAUUGAACAUGUUUGUAAGACAUAAAAUAUCUAAAAAGAAAAGUCAAAUAAACAUUUAUGCAUACAUAAUAGGAAGAACGAUUUAUUGUUAAAGCAUAUAAACAGCUCGUAAUUUUUCGAUUUAUUUUUGUUUAGUUGCAUUAUAAAAAGUUAGAAGUUCAAAACUACCCAAAUUGAACUAUAUCGAUUAUUCUUCAAAUUAGGUGAAAAAUACUUAAUUUUGGUUGAAAAUUCUCUCAGUGUUUUCAGCUUGGUCACGACGCUGCCAUUAUAGUUUUUGUUUUCAAACCAAGUGGAUCGCGAGUGUUUGCCGCGGCGUUUUUUCGGCAAUAAAUAUAAAAAAAAACAACUUGGGAACCGGUUCGUAUUUGAUCGGUCCGGCGUUUCGGUUAUAAUUCUUCGGGAGUCGAUUCCGAUCUGGGACUAGCUAGGAGAACAGGACAGGAAUCGCCAAGUCGCCGGUGUUUUCGGAGCUUCCAUGAGCUGCCGACGAGCAACCUCAGCCUGUCUCCGCUGAAUUCGAUUCUCCGUCAGCAACAACAAUCCGCUGAAGUACGGAUCCUUCGUCACCGUCACCGCCACGAAGCAAACAGGCCCAGCUUUGUUGUCUCCGGUGUUAUCGGGGUGUAUGUAACCUUGACAAAAGCCAAUAUCAUCACGUCCAAUAGCGCUGGUCAUUCAGAUCCGUCACGGCUUCCAUCUACACCAAGCAACCCCAGGCUGGUCUCGGCGUGACUCAUCAAACAUAUCUUAUUUAGCAGGUAAGUCAAAUCCCUCUAAGGCUAAUUCAGGUCACAACUGAUUUUUUAUCCGUUAAUCUGCCAGCAGCAACAACCAACGGCCAAAUCUGCCUCGGCUCCUCCGUCCUCGUCACUACUGAUUGAGCAGACGACACAUUGUACUCUCCGGCGUGUCCUUGGCAUCCAGCUGCUGUUGCUUCCGAAUAAAAAGUCGUCCGCUCAGCCCUUUCCGGCAUUGAGGGCGUCCAUCAGCUGCCGGCGAGUAGCCUCAUCCUGUAUCCACCGAAUUAUACGAACCUCCAUCAGGAACCAUCACCGCUGAUCAAGCGAAGCGAGCAGGUCCGGCUUUGAGGGGCCCGGUACCAUCGGGGUCAGCCACUGCAGACAACCUCAACAGUAGUCAAUAUCAGCCGGCAAAAGAAUCAUCUCCACCAUCGUGCUUCCGGAAAAAAGUCAUCCGCUUAGCCCGGUUAUUAUCGGUCACUACAAGCAGCCGUAGAGUGGUACCAGCCUGACUCUGCAGGGUCUUCCCCUGUUUUACAUUACCAGGUUAGUCAUGUCAUCAUUGUGUUAAUACCUGUAAUGCCAUUUCAAUGAUCAAAUACUGUUUUUUGUUUUCUUUUUUAGCUUCAGCUACACUGCGUGUCGAUAUUUGCGACCGGUGCACAUCUGCUAGUGAUUUUCCAAUAGGACAGAUCGAUGAAGUACUAGAUUUGUAGUAAUGAGCUGAAUUUUAGUAUGGUGAGAAGGUCAAUUCUCCGUUUCUGCAAUGAAAUGGUGCAAAAUGCGUGGGUAUUAUGAUUCCUUGCCUAAUUUAAUGCUGUUUGAGCAAAACUUUGAGCAACAAUGUUGUUAUUUUCUCCAUUUCUUGCAACAUAAAUAACAUAGUUAUCAAAAGUUUUGCUCAAACAGCAUCAAAUUAGGCAAGGAAUCAUAAUACCCACGCUUUUUGCACCAUUUUAUUGCAGAAACGGAGAAUUGACCUUCUCACCAUACUAAAAUUCAGCUCAUUACUACAAAUCUAGUACUACACCGAACGUGCCCCAUACCGGACUGAAAGUAUCACCGUAUCACCAUACAAAAUGGAUCGACUUAAAAAAAAAUUGGAUAGUGGAACUUACGCAAAACUCACAGACAACCUCGUCAAUGAUAUCUCGUUGUGGGAUUUAAGCGCAGAAGACCUCACGAUGAUGGAUAUAACAGAAGUUGGCCCACGCCGGGUCAUCCUUAAUUUUAUUGAUCGUAACCGUGAGUUUGCUGAAAGCCAGGACGAGAAUGUUGCGAAUAACGAUCAAAACGAGUCUCUGCACGAGUUAAGAGCGGAAUCAGUUCGAUCUGUUCUUGAAAAAAAUGGAAAAUUCCUGAAGACUCUGACGAAAGAGCUGGACUGUGGAUCGGUUCCUAACUCUAAGAAGCUGCUUCAGAUGAACCGCAUACUAACCGAUCAUUUCUUUGGUGAUAUGAUAUUUCACGGAAAGAGGUAUCCCUCGCGCCAGGAAAAGCAGCAGCUGGCUGUACGAAUCCUGGAAGAAUUUCCCCAUUUGAAAAACACUCGUGUUUCGGAAAAUGCAUCAUACUUCUUUUGGAUUCACGGCGGAUUGGUCACCGGCUGUCACACAGGACUGAUCGAAACAAGGGUAGCAAAUAUGCGUAAAGACGUACCAUCCGAGGACCGCAAGUUUCGACGCGGGAAGAAAAAGCACAUAGUCGUUACUGAUGACCACAUCAAUAUUGCCGCCCAUAUUUCUGCUCUGAGUCCAACUCCUACAAAUGCUAAGGCAAUCGCUGAUGGCAUGGCUCAAGUCCACGAUUUGCAUGAGUCAAUGCUGCAAAAAAAGGCUGAAAGCAAAUUCCAUAACAUCAUCAAGACGUUGCCACACUUUCUCUCUUAUGAGGGUGAAAUGAUCCUUCAGGCCUACAAUCGGCUCAACGAGGAACCAGCGGAUGGACCUUCUUUAAACACGGUGCUUCGCAUGGGGUUAUUGUGCGACAAGACUAGCUGUUCCGAGGUCGAAGAUGAUGUUAUCAGAGGAGCAUUGAGGCUUCUGAAGGUGUUGUCGAACAAGGGCGUGAAACGAUCUUCGUCUUUACAAAAUGCUACCCUCGGAGAACUGGCUGCAGAACCCCUAAUUAGGUGGAUCACCUUCACUGAGACGCAACCAGGAUUCGACGAGCUGCUGGCGGUUAAGCAGUCGCAAACAGUAUCUGGAGAACCGCAUAUGAUCUGCGUUGCCGAACGCUUCAAGAAGGGAAAUUAUUAUUUCGUUAUUGACAGAACUGUUGUGCCCUGCGGAAACUCGUCCGUUAGAGCAGUUGAAAUCUUUUUCAAAUCAUUUCGUGUCUUCGGAGUGAAAGUACCAGUUUUGUUGCUUUUGUUGCGAAAACUUGAUUCAAUCAUCGCAACAAAUGUAUGGCGAACCGCAAACAGCAGCAAAUACAAAGCUGUUACAGAUUUGACCCAGCGGUUUGAGGAAUUUCUCAAUAAUCCCGAAACUUAAAUUGAAACAUGAGGGACAUUUUCAUUGUUAUAAUGAAUUUUUUGUUUUGUUACUAUUUUCAACUGACUGAUCAAAACUUAUGUUGUUAAUGCAUUUGUACUCAAUGGUAUUGAAACUGUAAAAUAAACAUAAAAACAAAAACAAUAAUCCGUCUACCUAGUAUGUAAGAUAUUUCAAAUUAUGUCUUUUAUUUUCAAUAAGGAAACCUGUAUGAAACUGUGAUGGCUAUAGCUAAUAAUGCUGUUGAUUGAUUUACGAAGUCGUUUGCCUUAUAAAUGGAUGUACACAAGAUUAGGUCAAUUUGUAGAAAAUUAUAUGAGUUAUAGUGGAAAAGUGCCACCAAAAAAUAAAUGCUGCCCAACUGGUCGUAUACCAGUUGAGCCAUUUUUUUUCAUUAAAGAUUCAAUGCCAACUCAAAAUUCCCGAGAAUAGGGGCUACACAACUUUCUAAUCUACAAUAAACACCGUAUCCCACUUCCAAAACCUGCUCGAGUUUUAUAAAGCUCUUCCGAAUUCACUCUUAGUGAAGCUUGUUAAACUACACGCAACACUUUACUAAACGAUAAAUCAUUUAUUCCAUUAGAUUUUGACAAAAAUGAUGAAAACAUGCAUUUUUCUUGGUGGAUAAAUUUUACCCAAAGGUAGGUAUAUUUUACUAUCUUUAAACUUUUUUUCGAGCGAUCAAAUUUACCCAUCGGAGACUAUCGGCAAUUUACUCAAAAUUAGGUAAACCCACUUAUACCCAAAAUUGGCUUAUUGGGCCGUAGUGCGGUGCUGGGUCAAAACAACCCAAAAUUGAGUAAAAUCGGUUUUCCGUAUACGCCAGAUUCGUGCAGAGGCUCAUAGGAUACUGCAAGAUGACGUCACGAAGCCGUGCACUGACAGUUCAGCGAGCUUGUUUACAUGGACUUAGUCUCUGGCGGAGAUCCGGCAAAAUUGUUUUUCGAUACAAAUUCAGUAGAACGGUAGUUAGGCGAUUGAUUUUGUGCUGGUAGAGUUGAAUAUAGUCCAUAUUUCCGUAUCCCAAUGGUUUCGGGACGGAAAACGUAAAUUUAUUUUUCGCCACUCGUUUAAAAUUCUAACACCUUGUAAACAAGCUCGCUGAACUGUCAGACAAUGUGAGGUUAGAUCAGGUGCUUGCAGUAUCCUAUGGGGUUCAGUUGAGUUUUGAUUUCAAUCAAGAUUUGUAAAAAAAGAAAGGAAUUAGACUACAUACUUGUGCUCGUUCUGCGAAUAGGCCUUUUCAUGUGACAGAUCCGUGCAUGCAUUUGUUUACAAAGCUUGAACAACAGCUGCUAACAAGAACGUGUCAUCUUCAUAGAAGAACUGUCAAACGCCCGAACAAUCAGCUGAUUUAAGACGUCAAAUGAAAAGGCCCAUAGAGCGACACGA